AUGGAGAUUACAAACCCAAUUUUCAUCGAGACUAAACCGGAGCCGAACCAGAUAAUUCGUGUCGAACCGGAAUCUUUUUCUUCCAUAGUCACAAAAACCGGCAUCAAAGACAACUCAAACCAUGGAACGGCGUCGUUCGGGUCAACGUUUGACUUUCCACUAUUCGGUAACCAAGCUGUGACAUACGCCGGUGAAGGAGGGACAAGAGACGUGUCGUUGACGCUUGGGUUACAGAACGAUCCUGUGAGUUUAGCUUUAUCUCCAGUGACGGCUCAAGGGGGCCCACUUUACUACGGUAGGGACCACAUGAAAGGAUCGGUGAUGUUGGACGGUGGUGAUCAAGCGCAGAAUUUGCCUUACAGGAAUUUGAUGGGGAGCUCAAUUACUUCACGAUAUUGGUUGAAGGAAAUUUUAGAAGUUAGGAUUCGAUACCAAUUACAGACUGUGUACGUACUAUACAUACGCUACGCAUUAAUAUGUGGUGCUUCAAGGAUCCGGUAG